UGUUCUUUGACUUGAAUAUACCUGUACCGUCCCACUUGGAUAGAUCAGCACGCGAUAAACUUAAACUGAUACUCUAUAGAGCAAGUCAAUGUGAUGAUAACCAAGUUGUGGUGGCACUCAACUCGACUUUGACCCAAUAUCCUAUCAAGAACGAACUAGAGUUUACAUCUUCAGAACAAUACGAUAAUAUGAAAAUACUUCGACGAGUGACCAUGGAAAUUGAUACCUUUCUGGAUAAUAGUAGUUGGGAAACUUUACAAGCGAAUUACGAUUUGGUAGCGUUACAAACGAAUGAACGGAAUGUAUUCGAACAGGCAUGCCAAUCAAAAUAUAUCGAUAUUAUUUCAUUGGAUUGUACACAACGAUUACCGUUUACUUUGGAUCCGAUGAUGAUACAAAAGGCCAUCGAAAACAACAUUUACUUCGAACUAUGUUAUGCCCCAGGGAUCAGAGAUGAUACAAGUCGUGGUUACGUAUAUCAAUUAGGUCUAGCUUUGAUUUCAAGUGGUGUGAAAGAUCAUUUAAUUAUAUCAAGUGGUGCUAUCAUUGUAUCUGAACUUCGUGCUCCUUUUGAUAUCUAUUAUUUUGCAAAAUCUUUCGGAUUAGCAAAUGACGAGGCGAAAUUCACUUAUUGGAAAACUCCUGAAUCACUGAUCACUCUGAAAUCAUUAUAAAUAGUUAGUUAUUCCUCCCACUGAUCAUCAUCAUUCCCAAUAUCAUUAUCAUUAGUACUAGAUGAUCAUUUAGACCAUUAGUCUUUCUCUUUUUUACAUUCGAAUCAUUUUUUAUAUAAAAAGAAUUGUAUUAUACAUUUUA